AUGCAACAGAAACGGACUAAGUCUUUUCCGCGAGCCUCUAUCUAUCUGUCAAGGCUUACAACUGAUAUGGUAGUCAGCAUCCGAGUACGUUAUUUACAGAAGAAUGGAUCCUUUCUCCGUUUAUCUUACACCAGGGACAGAAAUGUGGUCAAGAUACGUGGCAAUGUUACGGAACUACUUGUCGCUAACCGUUUUAUUGGGUUCCUCUCCCCACUACCUUUGUAUACUUCGAAGCUCAUCUUUAUAGUUUUUAUUUCCUUUCUUUGUUUUAUUUCUUCCUUUCUUUGUGGUGUCUUUCCUUCCUUUGUGGUGUCUUUCCUUCCUUUGUGGUGUCUUUCCUUUCUUUGUGGUGUCUUUCCUUCCUUUGUGGUGUCCUUCCUUUGUUUUUCUUUCUUUAUUUCUUUUUCUUUUUUCAUUCUUUCAUUUUUUCUUUCUUUUUCUUUCUCUCUUUUUUCAAAGGUUGCUUCAUAUUUUAAGAAUUUCUUCUUCCUCUUUUUCUUCACCCUUUUCUCCUUCUUUUUCUCCUUUUUUUCUUCUUCCUUUUCUCCUUUUUCUUCUUCCUUUUCUCCUUUUUCUUCUUCCUUUUCUCCUUUUUUUCUUUUUCCUUCUACCAUUUACUCGUUUACCGGAAGGUCUGGCAAAAGGAAACCUUUUUUUUUAAUCUGUUCUGACACUGUUUUGAUAACAAAACUAACAAGAAUGCCCGAUGACAUCAUCACAAAAGGACUUUUGCAGCAGAAAACUUGUAGUCCUUCUCGGCAAAGAAACGUUAAUGCUGUCUACCAAAAUAUUGUAUAA